GAAAAACUAAUGGCUCAUUCCUUCAAAGUCUUCCUCUUCUUUCCCUUCUUCACCCUCUCCAUUAUUCCCUUCUCUCACCAACUUCAACACCCUCUAGACUCUUUGACUCCAAACGAGUUCAUCCAGGUUCAAUCCAUUGUUAACCGAUCGUACCCUGGCUCCAGCCACAACUUAACCUUUCAAUACGUGGGCUUAGAAGAGCCAAAUAAACAGGUUGUCGUUUCAUGGCUGGAAAACUCUUCCACCACACCCCCGCCUCGCCAAGCCUUGGUCAUUGCGCGUAUAAACCAUAGGACUCAUGAAAUCAGCGUUGAUUUGUCAAGUGUCGGAAUCAUUUCAGAUCGAAUUUACGAUGGUUAUGGCUACCCAUUACUCACUUUUGAAGAACAAACAGCUGCAAACCAGCUGCCGUUUAAGUAUGCACCGUUUUUGGCGUCCAUAAGUAAGAGAGGGCUCAAGAUUGAGGAGGUCGUGUGCGGAAGUUUUACUGUAGGAUGGCAUGGGGAGGAGAAAAAGAAUAGAAGGAUAGUUAAGGUGAUGUGUUAUUAUCUGGAUGGGACAGUUAAUUUGUACAUGAGGCCGAUAGAGGCCAUCACCGUGACAGUUGAUCUCGAAGAAAUGAAGAUUAUACACUUUCAGGAUAGAUUCAUGAUCCCUGUGCCAAAGGCUGCCGGGACGGAUUACAGAGAAUCGGAGCAAAGGGCCCCUUUUGGACCACAGUUGAAAGGAAUCACGGUUAUGCAGCCAGACGGGCCUAGUUUCACCAUUGAUGGGAACAGAGUUAGGUGGGCUAAUUGGGAUUUUCAUCUGAGUUUCGAUGCUCGGGUAGGUCCAAUCAUAUCUCUAGCAUCGAUAUAUGACAUUGAGAGGCAAAAAUUUCGUAGGGUGAUGUAUAGAGGAUAUCUAUCAGAGCUCUUUGUUCCCUACAUGGAUUUAACUGAAGAAUGGUACUAUAGAACAUUUUUUGAUGCCGGGGAAUAUGGAUAUGGUCUAUGUGCAGUGCCUCUCGAACCGCUUAGAGACUGCCCGGCCAAUGCAGUUUUUAUGGGGGCAUUUGUUGCUGGGCAGGAUGGGAUGCCGAUUGAGAUGCCUAAUGUUUUCUGCAUCUUUGAACGAAAUGCUGGAGAUGUAAUGUGGCGACACACUGAGACUAUGAUUCCGGAAACAUUGGUAACAGAGGUUAGACCAGAAGUGAGCCUGGUAGUUAGGAUGGUAUCAACUGUGGGCAACUAUGACUACAUAAAUGACUGGGAAUUCAAGCGGAUUGGAUCUAUCAAAGUCACAGUUGGCUUAACUGGAUUACUAGAAGUAAGGGGAUCAAAAUACACCCACAAAGACCAAAUAAAUGAGGAAGCCUAUGGCACAUUAUUGGCAGAAAACACAUUGGGUGCACGCCAUGAUCAUUUCCUCACCUACUACCUUGAUCUGGAUGUGGAUGGUGAUUCCAACUCCUUUGUCAAGUCCAAAUUGAAAACAACCAGAGUGACUGACCAAAGCUCACCAAGAAAAAGUUAUUGGAAGGUUGUCAGUGAGACAGCUAAGACUGAGUCAGAUGCAAAAAUUAAACUUGGCUUGGAGUCAGCUGAUCUCUUAUUUGUGAAUCCUAACAAGAAAACUAAAAUGGGUAACCUUGUUGGCUACCGUCUAAUCCCAGGAUCAGUUGCUGGUCCCCUUUUAACAGACGACGAUUAUUCACAGGUACGGGCGGCCUUCACCAAGUACAAUGUGUGGGUUACACCAUAUAACAGGUCCGAAAAAUGGGCAGGGGGAUUAUAUACUGAUCAAAGCAGAGGAGAUGACACUUUAGCGACAUGGAGCAGCAGGAAUAGGAAAAUAGAGAACAAGGACAUUGUAUUAUGGUACACAUUGGGUUUUCAUCAUGUACCUUACCAAGAAGAUUUCCCUUUGAUGCCAACAUUAAGCAGUGGAUUUGAGCUCCGGCCGGCCAACUUUUUCGAGUACAAUCCGGUGCUGAAAGUGAAGGCUCCUAACAAUGUCAAGUGGCUUAAUUGCUCCACAUAAGUCAUGGGUCGAAAACUUUGAAUUUGGUGGAUUAAUUCUGUAUUUGAAGAACACUAACAAUCACUAACUAUAACUUUCUUUGCAUAAUUUUUCACUCUCUAGUUUCAAAGAGACAAUCUUGAUUUUCCCCUAUUAUAGCGAAGCAAGGAAAUGGAAGUUGUGGUGUCUUACCAUUGAAACCAA